UAGUCAUCAGAGGUUUUGAAGAGAAGGCAAGAAAGGAAAUUCACGAGGGAUCACACAAAUCAAAGCAAGAUGGAUAACGGUACUGCGGUCAGCACUCCCGGAAGAAUUGGGAAUCUCCAUUGGGGAGAUAUUCUUGUUAUUGUUGGCUACUUUGUUGCUGUUAUGGGAGUGGGCAUUUGGUCAUCAUGCAAGAACAGAGGCAGUGUAGGAGGCUACUUCUUAGCUGGUCGCAGUAUGCACUGGGUUCCUGUUGGUGCGUCCUUGUUUGCUAGUAACAUUGGAAGUGGUCAUUUCAUUGGCCUUGCAGGUUCAGGCGCAGCAGGGGGUAUUGGAAUAGCAGCUUUUGAACUGAAUGCUAUUUUCAUCCUGCUGCUCCUGGGAUGGGUGUUUGCUCCAGUUUAUGUUGCUGCUGGGGUUUUUACAAUGCCCGAAUAUCUGAGGAAAAGAUUUGGAGGUCAACGAAUCAGAGUUUACCUUUCUAUUCUGGCUUUGAUUCUCUAUGUGUUUACCAAAAUAUCAGCUGAUUUGUUUGCUGGGGCAGUGUUUAUUCAACAGGCAUUAGGGUGGGAUCUGUACCUGUCAAUCAUCAUACUACUUGCCAUAGCUGCAUUGUUCACCAUUGCUGGUGGUCUAACUGCUGUCAUAUGGACUGACUUCAUCCAGACCAUCAUCAUGAUCAUUGGAGCUUUCAUACUAACUGGAAUCAGCUUCUCAAAGACAGGCAGCUAUGAAGAAACGGUGCAAAAGUUUUUCGAAGCUGUCCCAAAUACCACAUUGUACGGUAGUAGUGACCUCCCAGGAAAUAAUUCUAAUCCUUACGCGAAAUGUGGUAUACCACCACAAAAUUCAAUGAAUUUCUUCCGCGAUAUAACAGAUGGUUUGCCUUGGACGGGAGUGAUAUUUGGACUCACUAUAUCGUCAGUGUGGUAUUGGUGCACCGAUCAGGUGAUUGUACAGAGGGCGCUGUCUGCCAAGAACAUUUCAUAUGCCAAAGCAGGCACCAUCCUUGCAGGGUAUCUAAAAUUUCUGCCCCUUUGGAUUAUUGUUUUCCCUGGCAUGAUUGCAAGAAUCUUAUACCCAGAUGAGAUAGCAUGUACAAACCCGGAUAUCUGCAAAAGAGUAUGCAAUCAGGAGAGUGGAUGCACGAACAUCGCCUACCCAUUACUCGUUAUUCGUCUCAUGCCAAAUUUUGUUAGGGGUCUCAUGUUGGCUGUGAUGAUGUCAGCUUUGAUGUCGUCUCUGACUUCAAUUUUCAACAGCAGCAGUACUAUCUUCACCAUGGAUGUUUGGACCAGGAUUAGAAAACAGGCGUCGGAGACAGAACUUAUGAUUGUAGGCAGAGUAUUUGUACUUUUCCUUGUUGCCAUAGGGAUUGUGUGGAUCCCUAUUGUCCAGAAUUUCUCUGAACUGUUUCACUACAUCCAGAGUGUGACCAGCUACCUGUCACCUCCUGUGUGCGCUGUAUACGUCCUUGCAGUUUUCUGGAAGAGAACUAAUGAACCGGGUGCCUUCUACGGCCUGUUGGUUGGCUUAUUGGUUGGUAUGACACGAUUUAUCUGGGAAUUCAGUUACCCCAAACCUUCAUGUGGACAAGAAGAUACGAGGCCAGCCAUCAUCAAAGAUGUCCACUACUUACAUUUUGGUAUCCUGCUGUUUGGUAUCACUGUCAUAGUGACAGUUACUGUAAGCCUUCUUACUAAACCAAUGCCUGACAAAUACCUUAGAAGACUGACAUUCUGGGACAGAUUCAACAAAGAAGCAGCUGACAAUGUUUCCUUGAUGGACAAAGAUGAACUUGCAGAACAAAACAAACACAUCGAGGAGAAACAAGCCAAAUCUUCAGAACAGGCUCCAGUUGUAGAGCAACCAGAACUUGAGGAGGAACUUCCUUGGUACAAAACAGCCUGUAACUGGAUUUGCGGAAUUGAGAAAAUGGUUGAUCAACCCCAGCUUACAGAUGAAGAAAUCAGAGCCCUUCAAGAGAAACAAAACUCUAUAUAUGAGGAACCAACAUGGAGGAGGGUUCUGAAUGCAAAUGCUAUUAUACUCAUGGUUGUUGCCAUCUUUUUCUGGGGAUUUUAUCAUUAAGUUUAGAUUCGAGUCAACUACAUGUAAGAUCUGUUGUUGCCCAUAUUAGGACAUGAAUGAUGGUUUCUAGAUCACCGUUUAUACACCACUGAGAUUUGUUUAUCGAUUUGAACAAACUGUUCCAGAAUUUUGUGAAUACUAUAAGGCAAAUUACAUCGGGGCCCGAACUAGGUUAUACGAGUCCCGUUCCCUCAAUGGGCUAUGUACAACCUUGUACAGGCCAAGUAACAAGUUCCACAAUUGCUCAUAAUUUCCAAGCCUCGACUGGCUUGUGAUAACAAGACCCGCAUUAUGGCAUAUUACAUGUAUAUUUAAUAAUUGCAGGUAUGAUGUAAAAAUGAAAUAAAAUGAAAUAAAAAAUUGCAUAUUUUGUAUAAACAUCUAAAGGAAACUUUAAAAUGUUUGUAUAAUAAU